AUGCUCCCUUUGCCAGGCCCUCGCGCCUUCCUCACGACAACAUGCGCCUUCCUCGCCGCCACGCUGUUUAUGCCAAGCCACGCCGACUAUGUCCAGAAGAACAUCACCAAGACGCCUAACUUCAAGCUGCUGCCGGAUGUCGCUUCGGUACCCGCGCCUGUCUCGGUCGCGCCAGAUCAGAGCUGGAUGGGCAUUGAUGGCGCAUGGAACACGUUCAGUCUGCUCGUAGGGGACCCCCCGCAGAGUGUACGCGUACUCGUCUCGACCGCCAGCCAGCAGAUAUGGGUAAUCAACCGCAUGGCCUGUAUCGCAAACAUCACUGAUCCAACCACGGGCGCCGUAACCGCCCUCGACGUCUUCGACUCCGACUGCGAGAACAGUCGUGGCUUCCUGUACAAUACAACCACCUCACACCUAUGGCACCAGAAGGGCUUCUACCAGCUGUGGAUAGAGAAGAACCUGGGACUUGUUGGAAAUGGACUGUAUGGAUUCGAUUCGGUGGGUCUGGGGAAUGCAGGCAGCGAGGGCCCCUACGUAGCCAACUCCACGGUUGGCACUCUCGUCACGCCAAACUUCUGGCUCGGCCACAUCGGCGUGCAUCCCAAGCCUACCAAUUUCAGUGCCUUUGAAGAUCCUGUCCCCAGCUACCUGUCCGACCUCUUUGCGCAGAAGAACAUACCUAGUCUGUCGUUCGGUUACACAGCUGGUGCCCAGUAUCAUGAUCAGACGAUCCUCGGAAGCCUUACACUUGGCGGCUACGAUGCCUCUCGCCUUAUUCCCAAUGAUCUCACCUUCAUCUUUGCACCUGACAACGAGCGCGACCUCGUCGUUGGCCUUGUUGGUCUUGAGGCCAGCACCUCUACGCAGCCGCACAUCGACCUCCUCAAGAAGAACAAUGUGGACCUUUAUAUCGACACCACCAUUGCAGAGCUAUAUUUUCCUGUCGAGAUAUGCAAAGCUUUCGAAGAUGCCUUUGGACUGCAAUACAACGCAGCCACCGGUCUAUACCUCGUCAGCCACACCCUUCACCAGACUCUUUUGGCCCAAAACCCAAGUAUCAAACUUACACUUGGCCAAAAAUACAGCACGGAUGCUACUGUGCAAAUCACAUUGCCCUAUGCUGCAUUUGAUCUCGAAGCAUCACCACCUUACAGAGGACUAACAAGCAAGACGAAGCAGGACUUUCUACAGGAAGCCUACUUGACUGUUGACUGGGAGCGUCAAAACUUUUCAGUGUCCGCGAUUGACUGGACAUUUGGCAAAGCACCAGAUAUCCUCCCCAUUGUCUCGCCCGACUAUGCGAUCCCACAUGCCACCGCUGCUAAAAAGAACCCUUUAGCAUCAGCAGCGGUCAUCGGGAUUGCAGUUGGAGCCGGCUUCCUGUUCGCACUAAUCGUGUGUGGCAUUGGAUGGUGUUUCUGGCGAAGGCGGCACAACCGCAAACUAGAGGCGAUCAAGGCCAAGUACGAAGCCGAAGUUGCUGCGGCUGCCGCCAGUAAGAUGGACCUGCCCAAGCCCGAAGAGCCCCCGAUUUCACCGAUACGCGAGCGGGAGAGGGACAGUGCAGAAGGGAGGAUGGUCUUUCCCAAAGCCGAACUGCCGGGCAGCUCGACUAUGCAUUAUGAAUCGAAUUGGUGUGCUAGGGAUAAGGGGGCCAUUACUAUCAACGAAGCAGACGGAACUGAACGCCAAAUUUACGAGAUGCCCGGCGAUAUGCCGAUGCUCCAGGAAGCAGGCGGCCGUGAACUUUCGGAGAAGGAAUCUAUGGUGGUGCGGGAGAGGAGAUACAACGGCGUCGACCCGACGGGUGCGCCUGAUGUGUUGCCAACAGCACAGGAUGGGUCACGCAGAAUUGCACCCAUCUCGGCCUCGGAGGUGUCGAUGGUGAGCGGUCGGCUUCCCACGGACAACGUAUCGCCCGUGACGCCGCGCAUGCCUAGAGAUGGUGCCUUCUUGGAGGCAUCGGACACAUUUUUCCAACUACCGCCAUAUCGCGCACAAGAAGCAAGACUGACGGAUGCGGACGACGAGGCACUUUCGCCCAUCUCGCCACUGGAAGGGUCCACAGACACGUCCAGAAGGCGGUUUUCUUACGAGUCUUGAGGGUAAAAGGUUGAUUAUGGGGCGACAUGACGACUGGCAUUUACAUUGUUUGGCGUAACUGGCGGGGGUCUGUUUACCAUGGAUCAGGCGUUUGGGAUGUGAUACCUCAGAAUCCUGCACGUGCAGGUGGAAUACCCCAUCUAGACAGUCGCGCGUGAAGUACACACGUCGAGCCACGUUUUCUUAGUGUUUAUACCGUAUACGCCCUUGGCACAUACACGUACAUAGCGCAGUAGUCAGAUUUUAACUACAAUGCAUAUGAUAAGCUUC